GCUGGCGCGAGUGCAGCGGGUGCGCCUGGCGCGGGAUGGCGCCGGGCACGAGUGCCCCGGGGUAGCGCGGGGGAGGCUGCACCGCUCCACGCGCGUCCCUCGCCGACUCUGCCGUUGGCCCGGCCCGGCCCGGGCAGCUAUGGGGCUCCUUCGGCUGCUGGUCCUGGCUCUGCUGGCGUCGCAGCCGGAGGUGGUUGGGGGAGCUGAGACCGUCGGAAACUCCAGCGAGGGUCUUAUUGAAUUUUCUAUGGGGACAUUUAGAUACUUCGAGCUCAACAGGUCCUUUCCAAAGGAAGCUAUUUUGCGUCAUAUUUCCAGCAAUGUGACUUUUCUUAUUUUCCAAACACACUCACAGUAUCAGAAUACAACAGUUUCUUUUUCUAAGACUCUCUUGCCCAAUACCUCAGGAACAGGCACUGACAAAGGACUGGUUUUCACUCUUAGACCAGAGCACAGUGUGUGCACGUGGUACUUGGAGACCUUAGAUGCUGAGCCUGUGCAAAACGUGGCCAUCCCACUCUCCUACUCAGAAAGAGAUCCUAUCCCUGGAGGCUGUAAUUUGGAGUUUGAUUUAGAUAUCGAUCCCAAUAUCUACUUGGAGUAUAAUUUCUUUGAAACAACUAUCAAAUUUGCCCCAGCAAACCUAGGCCAUGCGAGAGGCACACGUGCUCUGCCAUGUGACAUCGGGACGGGCCAGGACUCGAGGUGGAGGUUGCAGUAUGAGGUCUAUCAGUAUUUCCUGCCCGAGAAGGACCUCACUGAAGAGGGCUUGCUACAGCAUCUGCAGAGGAUGGCCGAGGUGCCUCAAGUGCUGGCCAAUGCUAUCAAGGUGGCUACCCUAACAGCUAAUGACAAGACAAGUGUUUCCUUCUCCUCCCUUCGGGGACAAGGUGUCAUUUACAAUGUCAUUGUUUGGGACCCAUAUCUAAAUACGUCUGCUGCUUAUGUGCCUGCUCACACGUAUGCUUGCAGCUUUGAGGCAGUGGAGGGUAAUUGUUCUUCCCUUGGAAGAGUCUCUACCAAAGUGUUCUUCACACUUUUUGCCCUGCUUGGUCUCUUCAUUUGUUUCUUUGGACACAGAUUCUGGAAAACAGAAUUAUUCUUCGUAGGCUUUAUCUUCAUGGGAUUCUUCUUUUAUGUACUGAUUACAAGACUGACAACUAUUAAGUAUGAUGUUCGUCUGAUUCUGACAGCCAUCACUGGAAGUGUUGGUGGGAUUUUCUUGGUAGCUGCUUGGUGGCGCUUUGGAAUCCUCGCGCUCUGCAUGCUGUGUGUUGGACUAGUGCUGGGGUCCCUCGUCUCGUCAGUGACUCUCUUCACUCCACUGGGAAAUCUAAAGAUUUUUCGUGAUGAUGGUGUGUUCUGGGUGACUUUCACUUGUAUAGCUAUACUCGUUCCAGUAGUUUUCCUGGGCUGCCUAAGAAUACUCAACAUACUGACUUGUGGGUUCGUUGGCUCCUAUUCAGUUGUCUUGGCCGUUGACAGUUACUUGUACACAAGCCUUUCUUACAUCACUUUGAAUGUACUCAAGAGAGCACUCAGCACGGAUUUCCGCAGAGCUCUCACAAGUGUGCCUUUUCAAACUAAUGACUUCAUUAUCCUGGCAGUAUGGGGGAUGCUGGCUGUAAGUGGAAUUACGUUACAGAUUCGAAGAGAACGAGGGCGACCGAGUUUUCCUCCCCACCCGUACAAGCUGUGGAAGCGAGAGAGGGAGCGCAGAGUAACAAACAUUCUGGACCCUAGCUACCACAUCCCUCCAUUGAGAGAGAGGCUUUAUGGCCGAUUAACCCGGAUCAAAGAGCUCUUCCAGAAGGAACAGCCAGCUGGAGAGAGAACACCCCUGCUUCUAUAGAUGCCAAAGGGCUUGGUGACUGUGAUCUCGAAGUACAACCCAGGUACUGCCUCAGCUUUGGCAUUUAUGCCCAGCCUGCUUCAGCAAUCUCCAGUGCAAGUCUAAUGGGAAAACAGGCUUCUGUGAUUCUAUGCUUUGUACAAUAUUGUGGUAUCUUUAUUGAUCUAUGGUAAGUGUAUGCCAGGGAGAUGAUGAUAAUUCUAACAGAGUGAGAAAGAUGACCAAGAAGUUGGUGGUAAGGAGGCUUUUCCUUAUUCCCAAAUACUUAAGAAAUUACGUUUUGGUUUACAAAUAUAUGAUCAACUUAAAUAGAUACAAUAAAAAAAAAUUUUUUUUUUUUUUUUUUUUGUGAGGAGGACCAGCCCUGAGCUAACAUCCAAUGCCAAUCCUCCUCUUUUUUGCUGAGGAAGACUGGCCCUGGGCUAACAUCCAUGCCCAUCUUCCUCUACUUUAUAUGGGACGCCGCCACAGCAUGGCCUAACAAGCGGUGCGUCGGUGCGCACCCGGGAUCCGAACCGGCGAACCCUGGGCAACCGCAGCGGAACGUGCGCACUUAACCGCCUGCACCACCGGGCUGGCCCCACUGAAAAAAAAAUUUUUUAAAAAUGAUUCUCCUGUAAAGCCCUGGUAUUUCUUUCUUUUCUUUUUUCAUUCUUUCUUUCUUUCUUUUUUUUUUUUUUGCUGAGGAAGAUUGGCCCCUAGCUAACAUCUCUGCCAGUCUUCCUCUAUUUUGUUUGUGGGUCGUUGCCGCAGCAUGGAUGAUGAGUGGUGUAGAUCCACUACCGAGAUCUGAACUCACAAACCUGGGCCACCAAAGCAGAGUGCGAAGAACUUGAACCACUUGGCCAUGGGGCCAGGCCCCUGGUAUUUCUUUUUAUAACUUCUUGGACAGUUCUCUCACCCGAGUCUGUCUAAAUUUGGGGGACAGGGGCACAGAGGGUGGUUUUGUUUAAAAGUGUUAGACUGAGUCUUUAUUUGCCACUGUGUUUGGAGGUCUAAGGAUUUGAUACUGGGCCUUUGAACUUCACAGUACAAAAGGAGGAGACCUAACUUAUUUUCUUGCUAAAAAAAAGCAGUCUGAUUACUUAGUUACAUCUUUCUGAGUAUCUUAUAUUAUUAAAAGGUACUCUUCUUUUUAUUUUUAAUUGUGGUAAAAUACACAUUUACCAUAUCAAUCAUUUUUAGGUGCAUAGUUCGGUAGGUGCCCUUUGUUUUUUCCUUUUAUUGAUUAAAAUGUUAAAUAGCUAAAUUUUUCAAUUACUUGAAACUAGGUCAAUUUAUAUAGAUAAUAGAAGUUUUAUAUGGAUGAUUUAUUUAUAUUCCAAACAACAGCGUUUGUUUUUUUUCUCUCAAGACCUUUUAAAAUAAUGUUGACAGCUGAUCUCUAAACUGCACUGGCUGACAUAUGAGUUCUGUUUUUAGGAAACAAAUUGUCUCCUACUUAAUCUAUAGUCCCAUUAAUGAGGAAACCUUUAAAAAAUUUGCAUUUUGUAGUUCUUUCUGCUAAAUUAGUUAUUAGCAUUGAUGUAAAAUAUAAUUUCGAAAUUUUUCUGUAUGAAGCCUUUGUACCAUCUGUGUUUUUUUCUUUUUCUUUUUUUUUUCUUUUUUUGUGAGGAAGAUCAGCCCUGCACUAACAUGCGUGCUAAUCCUCCUCUUUUUGCUGAGGAAGACGGGCUCUGAGCCAACAUCUAUUGCCAAUCCUCCUCCUUUUUUUUCCUCCCCCCCAAAGCCCCAGUAGAUAGUUGUAUGUCAUAGUUGCACAUCCUUCUAGUUGCUGUAUGUGGGACGUGGCCUCAGCAUGGCCGGAGAAGCGGUGCGUCGGUGCGCGCCUGGGAUAGAUCCG